AUGUCUGUAAUUUAUUAUAAACUUAGAUCAGCUAAAGAUUCCGAUUAUGACGUAUUUACAUUCGAUGGACCUGGAGCAACCGUUUUCGAUUUGAAGCGCGAAAUUAUUCGUGCAAAGAAAUUUGGAAAAGGGACUGAUUUUGAUCUUGCCGUUUAUAAUGCCCAAACAGAUGAAGAAUAUAAGGAUGAUACAUUUAUUGUACCAAGAAAUACUUCAGUCAUUGUAAGAAGAUUACCAGCUGCGAGACCAGGUAAAGGAACUGCACAACGGUAUGUCCUAGGUGUUCUGCCAACAGACGGUAAAGGCGUGUCGAAACCAACACCAACACCGCAUUAUAAUAUAAGUAAUAAUAGAAAUUUGGUAUUGAAUGCUCAAAAACAGGCUAUACCAAAGGCGACAGAAGAGAAAACUACGGAAGAAAAAAAUAAAGUAGAAGAUGAUUCUGAAGAAGCUCGUAUUCAAGCUAUGUUUCAACAAACAACAGACCAAUGGGGUGCAAUGCAAGAACGAUUAGCAGAGCAACAAUAUAUACCUUAUAAUAACCGUGGAGGAGAUAAUAGACGUGGAAGAGGUGGCUAUCAUCCUUCAACUACGACAACUCAUUCUACAGAAAAUAAAGAAGGACAAACGCCUCAACCACAAAGAGUGCCACCACCUACUUAUGUAUGCUAUAGAUGUGGACAAAAAGGUCAUUAUAUCAACCAAUGCCCAACAAAUGGAGAUAAAGACUAUGACAGACAUCCUAGAAUUAAACGAACUACAGGUAUCCCAAGAAGCUUUCUUAAAGUCAUAGAAGAGCCUAAAAAUGCUGUUAAGGCAGGAACGGGUGGACUCAUGGUCACACCAAAGGGUGACAUUGUUGUUGCACAAGCAGAUUCAUCCACUUGGGACAAACAUGUUGCAAAGGCAGCCACUACACUAGGUCUCGGAACCUCUGCUGUAGGCGAUUUAAUGGACUGGUAUGAUUCAAUUCCUGUGCCCUCUUAUUUAGCCUGUCCUAUUUGUCAGGGCCUAUUAAGGGAAGCAACUAUUACGCCUUGUUGUGGGACAAGUUUUUGUGAUGAAUGUAUACGUGUUCAUCUUAUGGAACAUAACUUUGCCUGCCAAUCUUGUGAACAAACCAUCCAAAAUGGGUUGGAUGGUCUUAUUCCUAAUAUUGAUGUGAGAGAAUGUGUAGAUAAUUAUGUCAGGAAAUUUGCUCAUAAUUACAAUGCUAAUAAAGAAUAA